UACUGUUUCAUGGUGUAGAACUGGAGUGCAGCACAAUGGUGUAUGGAUCAUAGCCCUUUUCGUUUUAUUUUAUUUUAUUGCAAAAAUAAUUGCAGGGGAAAAAAAAAGAAUUUACAUAAAACCCACCUAUUAGUGGAUCUGCAAAGGAUUUUGUUUUGAAAAAAAGCCCCGUCAAAAUGUCAACGGGUAAAGAAAUCGGGGGAGCCCAACAUGCUCAAUAUGUGGGACCAUAUCGACUGGAAAAAACGCUUGGAAAGGGACAGACAGGAUUGGUGAAGCUUGGAGUCCACUGUGUAACAUGUCAAAAGGUUGCAAUAAAGAUCGUCAACAGAGAGAAGCUCAGUGAGUCUGUGCUAAUGAAGGUGGAAAGAGAGAUUGCCAUCCUGAAGUUAAUAGAACAUCCACAUGUUUUAAAGCUACAUGACGUCUAUGAAAAUAAAAAAUAUUUGUACUUGGUGCUAGAACAUGUUUCUGGGGGAGAACUCUUCGAUUAUCUCGUGAAAAAAGGACGAUUGACACCAAAGGAGGCCAGAAAAUUCUUCAGACAAAUAAUCUCUGCAUUAGAUUUCUGCCAUAGUCAUUCAAUAUGCCACAGGGACUUGAAACCAGAGAAUUUAUUGCUGGAUGAAAAGAAUAACAUUAGAAUAGCAGACUUUGGAAUGGCUUCACUGCAGGUUGGCGACAGCUUGUUAGAAACCAGCUGUGGCUCACCCCAUUACGCCUGUCCUGAAGUCAUCAGGGGAGAAAAAUAUGAUGGUCGAAAAGCAGAUGUCUGGAGCUGUGGUGUCAUCCUUUUUGCGCUCUUGGUGGGAGCACUGCCAUUUGACGACGAUAAUCUGAGACAGUUACUGGAAAAAGUAAAGCGUGGUGUGUUUCAUAUGCCACACUUUAUACCACCAGACUGCCAAAACCUCUUAAAGGGAAUGAUCGAGGUGGAUGCUUCAAAACGCUUAACUCUAGACCAGAUCCAAAAACAUUCUUGGUAUAUCGGGGGUAAGAAUGAGCCCGAACCGGAGCAGCCUGUUCUAAGGAAGGUGCAGAUACGUUCACUUCCAUCACUGGAGGACAUUGAUCCAGAUGUCCUGGACAGCAUGCAUUCACUGGGUUGUUUUAGAGAUAAAAACAAGCUUAUGCAAGAUUUGGUGUCAGAUGAAGAAAAUCAAGAAAAAAUGAUCUAUUUUCUUCUUCUUGAUCGGAAAGAGCGGUAUCCAAGCCAUGAAGAUGAAGACCUGCCACCUCAAAAUGAUAUAGAUCCACCUAGAAAAAGAGUAGACUCACCAAUGUUAAAUCGGCAUGGCAAGCGGCGACCUGAACGGAAAUCGAUGGAAGUAUUGAGCGUGACUGACGGGGGCUCUCCAGUUCCAGCUCGGCGUGCUAUAGAGAUGGCACAGCACGGCCAGAGUAAAAGUAUGUUCAGUAAAAGCUUGGAUAUCACAGAUGCCAAUCCCAGAAUCAACAAAGAAGAAAGAUCGCGAUCAAUAAGCGGAGCAUCGUCUGGCCUCUCCACCAGCCCUCUCAGCAGUCCGAGGGUGACCCCUCACCCUUCCCCAAGGGGAAGCCCCCUCCCCACCCCAAAGGGCACACCAGUCCAUACUCCCAAGGAGAGUCCAGCAAGUACUCCGAAUCCAACACCACCGUCCAGCCCCAGUAUUGGAGGAAUGCCUUGGAGGACGCGGCUGAAUUCAAUCAAAAACAGUUUCCUUGGCUCACCUCGGUUUCAUCGCAGGAAAUUACAAGUACCGACACCAGAGGAGAUGUCAAGCCUAACUCCGGAGUCCUCUCCAGAACUUGCCAAAAAAUCAUGGUUUGGUAACUUCAUCAAUCUGGACAAAGAAGAACAGAUAUUUGUGGUGAUCAAGGACAAGCCAUUGAGUUCCAUUAAGGCAGACAUUGUCCAUGCAUUUCUUUCAAUCCCCAGCCUAAGUCACAGUGUCAUGUCUCAGACAAGUUUCCGAGCAGAGUACAAGUCCACUGGGGGACCAGCUGUGUUUCAGAAGCCGGUUAAAUUCCAGGUGGACAUCACUUACACAGAAGGCAGUGAGGCACGGAAGGAGAAUGGGAUUUAUUCAGUCACCUUCACGCUGCUGUCAGGUCCAAGUCGUCGGUUCAAAAGAGUGGUGGAAACAAUUCAGGUCCAGUUGUUAAGUACACAUGACCAGCCUUCUGUGCAACAAUUGUCUGCAACUUCUCACUGUAUGCAGCUGCUGACUGGCAGACUUUCAAAAUGUGGAAUUGUCCAGAAAACUUGUUAAAUCUCCUCUGGUGAAUCCUAUGGCUGCGGACAUUUGUCGAAGGAGAGGCAGCUGAUAUCUUGGUGCAUGUGGGAACUUGGCGCCCUUUUGACGCUUAACACUUGACCAAACCGGAGCUGCUGCAUCCCAGGAAAAGAAAUGGAAUUACUGGGAGAGACUGACACUCUUCAGCAGCAGAAUGUCCACCAGAGAGGGGAAAAUGGGGGUGGGUGGGGAGGGGAGGGGAUGAACUAAACUGCACUGCACAUUAACAGGACCUCCGGCAGCUACAGUGAACUCUUUCUUUGUUGAAGCAGGACUUUGGUGAAACUGCUGCUGAUUGGUUAAGAGAUCCGAGGGUCAGACAACAUAGCAGCAACAAGUAAAGCACGAACAAGUGUUCCACCCCUUCUCUCUGUAUAGAUUUUGUUUGUCUAGUUGUGACACCUUGUUUAGCUGUAGAGAAAAAAAAACAGAUUCAAACACUGUGUUGCCAGUUAUAAGUUUGUCAGUAUUAUUUAUUUUCAGGGUAAUAUAUAUGUGUAUAUAAUAUAUAUAUAUAUUCUUCAUUUCACAAGGGCACCAUGUUCGACUGAACCAUGUUGCUGGUUUACUAUCAUGGGGGUUUGACCACCCACCAAUGUAAAAGGCUACAUUUAUUGUGGACAUUUUAUAUAUAUUUUCCCCCUUUCUGAUCUUAUUUAUUGAACCCCGGUAAUUCAACAGAACAUUUAGGUGUAUGAAUGUUGUCUUUCAUUGUGAAUGACUUAUAGAGGCAACACUUACUGUAUUAAAGGAAAAAAAAAUAUUUUGUCCAAUUUAUCAGAGCUCUGUGAACAAUAUUAACUUAUUCUGUCCCAAUUCAAAGAACUUGUAGUAUAUGUUUAAAAAGCAAACAGUAAUUUAAGAAUGUAGAAUAGCAGUAGUGUCUGAAAUGAUUACCUUAUAUUGCUAUUUGUUAGUUUCAUAUCAGUGUGUGUGUUCCACAGGUAAAAUUAUUGGACCAGUUCUUGUACAUAAGCAAAAUAACAAUGGACUUUGGACCACUGGAAGUUACUGUUAUUGAAUUUAUCUUGUAUAACUGUGUGCAUGUCAGACAUGGUUUUUUCUUUGCAUGAUGUUGCUGUAAUUGUUCCCAUAAUGCUCUGUCCUCUUUCUUGCUCUCCUCUGUGCACACACUAAUGCUUCCUUACACUGUACCUCUGGAAAAAGGCUGGACUACAACAUGGACGGUACAAGCAGGAAGGGGAAGAAAUAAAGCAAUACUUAUAUUGAUAUCCUUCCUAUUUUGUACUUUGGAGAAAAAAAAUACUUAUUUAACAGACCAACUAUCAAAUGUACCCACCCAUCCCCCAUCCCCUUGUAAUAUAACUGUGAGCAACUUCAGUGCAAGUUCAAUAAAUUCAUUC